UGUUGUUCUCACGCUAACAUGCGAGAUCCGCAGAGCCGACUCGACUGCAUUCCGCCCAGACUUCCCCUCCGCCAGCGGCCUGCUUGCUUUGAGAUGAAUACAAGAUGUCGGUGUCGGGGCUGAAGGCCGAAUUGAAGUUUCUCGAAUCAAUCUUUGACCCAAACCACGAACGAUUCCGAAUCAUAGAUUGGAAACCCGACGAACUCAGUUGCCAGUUUAACGUAACAGGAGAGAAGCUGCUGAUCAUUCACUGCAACAUCACGGAGUCUUAUCCCUCAACGUCCCCGAUAUGGUUUGUGGACUCCGAUGAUCCAAGUCUGGCGGAAGUGUUGGAGCGCUUGGAGGAUGUGAGAAAAGGAAGCACAUUGCUUCUUCAGCAGUUGAAGCGUCUCAUCUGUGACUUAUGUCGACUUUAUAACCUGCCUCAGCAUCCAGAUGUGGAAAUGCUCGACCAGCCUCUUCCUGCCGGCCCCAUUAUACAAGAGCGAAAGCACGGACCUCCAGACGAGGUGACGUCAGAGGAGGAGGAGGAGGAAGAAAUGGGAGAGCAGGACAUUGACCUGGACCAAGACUUGGACCAUUAUGACAUGAAAGAAGAGGAGCCGGUGGAUGGCAAAAAGUCUGAAGAUGACGGGAUUGAAAAGGAACACCUGGCUAUUUUGGAGAAGAUCCGUAAAAAUCAGAGACAAGACCACUUGAACGGCGCAGUCUCUGGCUCUGUGCAGGCUUCGGACCGCCUCAUGAAGGAACUCAGGGAGAUCUACAGAUCACAGAGUUAUAAGACAGGUAUUUAUUCAGUGGAACUAGUCAAUGACAGCCUUUAUGACUGGCACGUCAAGUUAAGGACGGUAGAUCCAGAUAGUCCGCUGCAUAGUGAUCUGCAGGUCUUAAAAGAAAAGGAAGGAGUGGACUAUAUUUUGCUCAAUUUCUCUUAUAAAGAUAAUUUUCCUUUUGACCCCCCUUUUGUGCGGGUUGUCGCUCCUGUGCUCUCCGGAGGUUAUGUUCUAGGAGGAGGAGCCUUGUGUAUGGAGCUUCUCACAAAGCAGGGCUGGAGCAGUGCCUAUUCCAUAGAAUCUGUAAUAAUGCAGAUAAAUGCAACUCUAGUGAAAGGAAAGGCCAGAGUUCAGUUUGGGGCCAAUAAGAACCAGUACAAUCUUGCCAGAGCACAACAGUCAUAUAAAUCCCUCGUGCAGAUUCAUGAAAAGAAUGGAUGGUACACGCCCCCUAAAGAGGAUGGAUAAACAACUCCUAUCACUAUGCACUGAGAACAUGGGUCAAAGUGUCUCAUUUUCUUUGGAGUAUUUUUCCUCCCAUUUGACAUGUUGGGAAUGCAUCAUGUUUCUUGCAGACCCAUUUGGUUGGUUCAUCUGACUGAGUAUUCUUUCGUAUGACCGAUCCAAGGGCAUCACUCGCCCUGUUCAUAUAUCUUCGAUUGUCUUUUCUCCAGUUUGAAUGUGGAGGGGGGAAUGUUUCUUUAGCUGCUUUUGACAAAGUGGACUUUAAAUGAGAGUUUUAAAAGUCAUUCUGAAGCCCUCGGAGUGGCAUGUCACCUCACCUGUUUUUAUUGAUUUUGUUUGUUAAUGAACAGGUACACAGUUAAUGUUUUCAAGCUAGCUAGCAAAUGUUUAUUUUAUAUGAGCAUCCCAGACAAUAAAUGAGCCAGUUGUCAUAGUU